AUGGAGGAGUCCGGAGGCCGGUGGCAGCGACCCCAUAGCUCGGGAUCCAUGGAAGGACCGGUGCGGCCUGGAUCUGGCGACAGGGCGGCGCGGGAGGGCCGGCGCGACCUGAAUCGGCGGCUGGAAACCGCGGGAGGGCCGGGAUGGCCUGGAUCCGGCGGCUGGGAGUCGCAGGGGGUCGGCAUGGCCUGGAUCCGGCGGCGGGACGUCGCGGGGUGCCGCCGCGGCCUUGAUCCGGUGCUGGCUCGUGCUGGGACGUGGACUGGGGAGGGGUGGCUCGCCGGCGAGGAGAGAAAGCCGGUCGGCCGGGGGGCGGGCGGCAACCGAUGGGAUGUGGUCGGGGGAGGGAGGGGGUGCCAGCCGUGGGGGGGGGUAGACGAGGGCGCACCAGCGAUUCGAGGGGGAUGGGGCGCGCCGGCGGUUGCAGGGGGAUGGGGCGCGCUGGCCGGGGAAGGUAGUGGGCUAGGUGGGGGUGUUGAGGGCACCGGUGGUGGUGUCGGGAGUGGUGGGGAGGAGGGAGAAAGUGCUGGAGAAUAA